CCCUCCCACUCCUCGCACAGGCUGCUUACACCGGCUACUUCGAAUGCUGCCACAAUGAACCCGCGCAAGAAGUCAAAGCCGAACCCGGCAGACGACGCGCACACCACCCACGUCGAUGCCAGCACACCUGCAGCGGGCAGCCAGGCACUCCCGAACACCCCCGCCGCCCAGUCACUGCUCCAACAUUCGAAUACCUCGUCCGGUAGCCUCGCAGGUACGCAGGCUAACGACCGCACAUUAAAUCGAAAACCCAGCCGCAACUGGCUAGGAGGUGGAAGUUGGCGAUCGAAAGCAUCUGCCACAGUCAAAACGGCAAAAGAUAGCAUCGGUGUCAGUGUGAGUGGUGGAGCAGCCUCACAACUUCCAGCCGAGGACAGCGACGACUCCAAAUCCCAGAGUCCUGCCAAAUUCCUCACCAAGCGCAAAUCCAGUAAAGGGGAUGCUAUUCCCGCCUCGAUGACCAAACUCAACGUCUCAUCAGAUGGUGCCGUCGAUCAGCCGGUGGAGUCAACACCGCAGCCAACACCCACCGUGAACGAGCCCCCGCUACCGCCCGAGCCACCCAAAACAGCGGCACCCGAUACUACUACUUGGGGCUGGCGCAGUUGGUGGUCGCGACCGGAUGGAUACCCGGAGCCUUCAGAAGGGGACAAAGAGGCACAAACAACACCUUUACCAGGUGUCACUCCUUCAGAAGAAGCUGACGCUGCUUCCAAAGAGCUCGGGAACGGCACGCUACCAACGGCCCCUACAGGAACCAAGGAUGUCGAGAUGAAGGAUGCUUCGACUGAGCAAGCUCCUCUCAAGGACACAGAUAUGCAGGAUGCACCACAGCAGACAGGCGAGAUACCGAAGAACACGUCAGCUUCUUCGUGGUUUUGGUUAUGGAGCAAUACGCAGAAUGUACAGCCUACUCCGGAGCCAGCGUCCACCGCACCUGGUGAGAAUUCUGCACCACAAUCAGAGACGCCAGCCGAGGCGGACGGGGAGGACCAAGCAACACUAGAACAGCAACAAAAGACCGAUCCAGAGACUGCACAAGAGCCUGUCGCCAACGAUCCUAGCACAACCCAAACCACCAAGUCCUCGGGGUGGGCCUUCUGGUUCAAGGACAAACCGAAAGAAGAGACCAAGGGAACUGAAGAAUCAUCACAGAAGCACGUUGGCGAGGUGGCGGUCUCCGAUACACCUUCACAAUCUCAUCCUGAGCCUGCGCAAUUCAAUGAGCAAGAGGAACCACCAAAGGAAACACCAAAAGAGGACCCUCCAAACGUAGCGCAAGAGUCACUCACGAAGCGCUCGUUUCGAUCACUACGAGGGCGCCCGAGAGCGAAGACUGUCAAAGAGACACCCAGUUCCAGUAAAACUGGGACGCCGUCAAAAACCUCUCCUGCGCAGUCGCCGACGCGACCCGAUACAGCCCCAGAGCCUCAGGCCGCCUCAAAACAGGCCGCGAAAGCCAAGGAUGAACCUCCUAGUCUUGUACUGCCUGAAUUUUCCAGUACCUACCGUAUGGUACAGCAGCCGUCUUUCUGGAAACAGAUAAGACAGUAUUUCCUUGGUGGUGAGCCUGUAAUGCCACAUUUACACAUCAACCCAGCUCCUCCACGCAUCAAGAAGGCUGUAGCCAUUGGAGUUCACGGCUUUUUCCCAGCCCCCAUAUUCCAGAAAGUGAUUGGUCAACCAAAAGGAACGUCGAUACGUUUUUCGAAUGCUGCCGCGGCUUCUAUCAAGGAAUGGUGCGAGCAGCGAGGCUACGAACCAGAGAUAGAACAGAUUGCACUAGAAGGCGAGGGUUUUAUCGCCGAAAGAGUGAAGACAUUAUGGAAAUUGUUGCUCAACUGGAUCGAACACAUCAAGCAAGCCGACUUUAUUCUGGUAGCAUGUCACUCGCAAGGUGUGCCAGUGGCUAUCAUGCUCGUAGCCAAAUUGAUACAGUUUGGUUGUGUGAAUGCCACCAGGAUCGGUAUAUGCGCAAUGGCAGGCGUUAACAUGGGUCCUUUCGUCGAAUACAAGACAAAAUACUUUGGCCCCACUGCUGCUGAGCUCUUCGAGUUCGGCAACCCCAAAAGCUUAGUCAGUCAAAUGUACCUGGCUGCACUCGAUGAAGUCCUCCGUUUCGGUGUGCGGAUUCUCUACGUGGGCAGUAUCGACGACCAGCUGGUCCCACUCGAGUCCUCCACAUUCUCCACCCUGUCACACCCUUACAUCUACCGUGCAGUUUUCGUCGACGGCCGCACUCAGGCCCCAGAUUUUGUAACACACCUCGUGGGCUUCACCCUCAAGAUGCGCAACCUCGGCCUCCCCGAUCACGGUUUGAUCCGCGAACUCAGCCCCGCACUCGCAGGCUCGCUCUAUGGCGGCGAAGGACACUCUCGUGUUUACGAAGACCCAAGCGUAUAUCUCCUCGCCGUCCAACACGCCCUCGAAACUACAUCCCUCCCCAUCCCGCCUACUUCGUUGGCACGCCAAAACGUCGCUGCCUCCUUCGCCGGCAUCAAUAUCCCCGUCCCUGGCGCUAAAGCUGACCCCUCCGAUUUGUAUAAAUUGAGAGUGAGGGAUUACAGUGAGGGUAGCGGAGCGGGCGUGAAUCCAUUCUUCUUGCCGUGGGCAAUGAGAGGGUUGCUUGAGGAGGAUUUCGUGAAGAAAGAGUUGGGCAAGGAGGUUGAGGAGUUACUAGGUAUGUUUGAGGACUGGAAGCCUACGGGCAAACAGUUGAAGGACGUCAAGUUCCGUCUUGAAGGGGUUAGGAGUAAGCUUUGA